UUAAUUAAUUUUAAAAAAAAUUAACAAAAUUUAACAAAUGUUUAGAAAAAUAUCAAAAUUUUAAUAAUUAAAAAUUUCAAAUAAAAUUUAACAAUAAAAAUUCAAUUAGUGCUACAUAAAAAAACUUCUUUAAAACUUGUGCUGCGCUGUGUGUGGGAAGUUGUAAAACAACUUGAAAUAAAUAAAAUUUCUUUGUCUUACUAUAAUAACAAGAAGAACCCUCUGAAAUAAUGGCCAAAGUAAUUUCACAGGAAACAUUCGAUGAUGUUGUUAAAGAAAACAUUGUGGAGUUUGCUAUGUCGCCAGAUGAAGCCAAACAGGAGACCAUCAAUCAGUUUGAAGCACAAGGCAUAAAUUUAGUAAACAUUAUUAAGGAUUUAGCCAUCAAUGAGGAUACGGGCAAGCCGAUACUUAAUGAGUCCAUUGACAAUCUUAAAGUCUAUGUAGACGAUAAAUGCGAGGACAAAGAAAAGCUAUUGAACUUAUUAAAAAAUAUCGAUGAGGAAUGUCAGAAAUCUAUUGCACACCGUGUUUUGGCAGGCAAAAACAAUGUAAAUUCCCUUCUGCUUCAAAUUUUAAAUCAACAGCUUGAUUUACCAGACAGCAAUGCCAAUACUACUGAUGUUACUGUGGCUGUUCUUAAAACAUUGAAUAGUUUGUAUAAUACCCAACCUGAUAUAUUUGAUGCCAAUUCAUUGUCCUUGGCAAAACGUCUACUAGACUCGUAUGUCGACAAUGAUCAGGUGGCUUGUUUGACUUUACAGUGGCUACAGAAAUGUUGUGUAAUGCAUGAAAUGAAUCGUCAAAAUAUUAUUCAAGCCAAUAUCAAACAACAUUUAAAACCUUUUGUCUGUAAAGAAAAGCCUAAUGUAUUGCGAGAAGCUUUGACUGUUUGUCGUUAUUUGGUAUUAGAUGAUGACAUCCGUGUAGAAUUUGGAUGUGCUCAUGAGCAUGCGCGUCAGUUGGGAGCUGAGUUUAUUGUCGACUUGACAAAUCUACUGGCUGAAUUUGAAGAUCCAGUCAUACUAGCUGAUUUGUUGUUGACUAUUGGUACUUUGGCAGUGCGCCAAGAAUUGUGUACUACUGUCGAUGAAGCUGGAGGUAUUAAAUUGGUACUUCAAGUGAUGUCUAACAACAUAAAUGCUGUGCGUUUAAAUCGUGAAGCUCUCAAACUUUUACGUGCCUUGGCAGGCCAUGAUACCGUUAAAAGUCACAUAGUACAACAAGGUGUUGCUCCCACACUUAAAGAGCUGCUACACACUCAUAUGGCAAAUGAAAAACUGGUAAUGGCGGCUCUAGGUUGUAUUGCCACUUUAACACUACGUGUCAAGGAUAAUAGUAAAAUACUAUUUGAUACUGGCAUUUCCGAAUGUAUAGUUGAAUCUAUGCGUUUACAUCAAAAAAAUAAAAUUAUUCAGCGCAAUGGUGCCUGGGCCAUACGUAAUAUGGUUUCACGCUCUAGGGAACAAUGCGACACAUGGUUAUCUUUUGGCAUUGAAGAUGUCUUAAAUACAGCACUUGGCGAACAUCCUUCCAUUUUGCAAGAUGUCAAGGCUGCAUUACGUGAUUUGGGCUGUAAGGUUGAUUUAAAAGAGGAGUGGACUGGUACUGCCGAAAAGAAAAUUAUGAACAAGCAAUAAAUACUCAAAACACAAUUGGCCUUUUUGGAAGGAAUUUUUUUUGAAUGUUUAACACAUGCAUAAUACAAUAUACAUUUAAAAAAUAUAGAACUACGCAACCAUAUGUAUUCACUUAUUAUACAAAAUUGAUUUAUUAAGUACUAGUAUUCUUUUUUCUAACAAUUUUUGUAAUCUGCUAUUUACUAUCCCAUCAUUUUUAUAUGCGCCUUUUUUAUAACAACAUUUGGAAAUAUCUAAUAAAUUGGUAAUAUUUGCAACAAAA